GCGUGGGAAAGGUGGAAACAAAAACGUGAAGUGUGUUUUUUUCGUACGUUUCGUUUUUUUUUUGUGGUGUGGUCGUGACCGUGACCCAACCCGAGAUUCCGAAGUCCCAUCCGCCGAAAUGUCCUACCAGAAGCUGAACGACGAAACCUUCCCUGCCAGUUUGCUGCUCGAGUUCGACGAACUGGACGACGAGUUCCUGCUCGUAAGUCCCCCGGGGAUGAUGAUGGUUCUCGAAACGGAUCCGAUGAUUUCCGAAAACCGUUCUCCGGUGAUGACAAUGUCCAAUUCGUCCAGUGGCAACUACAGUCUGUCCACCGAGAACGAGAACGGUAGUGGGUCCAGUAGUUCCAGUAAUGUGGGCCAGAAAAUCCAACGAACCAGUUUAUCGACAACCAACAAGAGAAUCAACGCUGCCAGAGAUUCCAAACGGUCAAUGAAGAGUGUUCGAGGAGAAGGAGGAGCAACAAAUGGACAAAAUUUGGCCAAAGCCGGAAUCACCGUUAGCACCGGUGGUGUUCCGGUAAACAGUGCUUACAAAAAGCGAGCCAAAUCGAUGGAGAACUUGUCCCACGGAUCUACGACAGCAAUUCAACAAAAUUCGCACGCCAUCAAACGGGCCAAAUACGGACAUGUCAAAAGCAAGGUCAAGCAGUUUAUCGACGAGACGGUCAGCCAGCGCCGGGAUCGACAGACCUUGGUGCGACACAAAUCGAUGCCGGAACAGGGAACCGGUCAUCCAGAUGUGGAGGCAUCCAACCUCGAGCGGCACCUGAGCGUGGAUGAGCUUCAGACAAUGCUGCAGGAAAAAUCGGCCGAAAACGAAAGCCUGAACCGGCAUCUGCAGUUCAGCGAAUUGCAGCGGCAAAACACGGUGGAAAAGUUUGAAACGCUGAAACGCAAACUGGAAGCGAUGCGCCUGGAACAUUCCAAGCGGGAGUGGAAUUGGGACCGGGAAAAUCAACAACUUACUCGGCUUCUGGAAACCGAACGGGAACGUCAGCUGGCCCUGACGUCCUAUCUACGUUACAAUAAUGGCGCCGGCCCGGUACCUUUAAACCGAAGGCUGGCCAACACCGGAACCCAAACCAGUCCGGCCCUUGAAAGUUUCAUCCUCAACAGCGAUACGUUCGGAAUUGACGAAGACGAAAGCUUCGGCGGGGAUCUGCUGGCCGAGGACCCUCCUCCGAGAGUUAAGCGAACCCUGCAGUUCAUGCUGGAAGAAGAUGGCGGGGUCCUAGAAAUCGAGGAGCAACCGGAUCAGGAAAUGGAGGACGUGAGUCCGGAUUCGACUCGUUCCCCCAAUUGCUCCCAGCGCACGGAAAUCGGGGCCGAAGCAUCGACAAUGGAACCCAUGUCGGUACUCGUCGGGGCGAACCUUAGCCCCGGGGCUGCCUCGCAGAUGUCCCAGCCGGACGUUUGUCGGGAGUGCGGAACCAGAAAGAAGAAGAGAAAACAGAAAAAGAUUGCCAAAUUUGCCAGUUUGUUUUGCAUCAAGAAAGGCGAGUGAUGGGUGUGUGGGGUGAGUUGUUCGUGUUUUUAAGAAGACUUUUAAUUCAAGGACAAGUUUCGUGUGAAUCAAGUGUGGUUAAAAUGUUGAAUAAUUG